CCAUUUGUCCGAAAUGGUGUAGGGUUUCCUGCCUGAGCAGGGGGUUGGACUAGAUGACCUCCAAGGUCCCUUCCAACUUUACUACUAUUACUAUCUCCAUUUUGCCUUUUUUUCACCCUUCAUACUCUAAACUUACUUAUUCAUCCAUUUGCUCCUGUGUCUUUCUCAAUUUUUCCUCCUUUUAUUUUUGCUAUAUGUUGUAGCAAAUAUAUAAAUAUUUAGCCUAUUGAGAUGACAGCCAGAAAAAAGAAAACUGCUUAUAUGUGUUGAGGUGUAUGCAUAUUAACAAUGAUCAAUCAGAAGACAAUUUAAAUACAAAUUCCCAAGAGGAGAUACAAAGUUACUGCAAAUCAUCAUCAUCAUCAUCAUCCCAGUCCUUGGGAAAGACUCAAUAGGUACCUGGCUGAUUGUGCAACAAACUGUAACAAAUAUUUGUUUCAUUUUUCUGUCUCACUGUUAUUUUAAAUACUUGUAAAUUCAUCUCAUUUAUAUAUAAAUGUGCAGGUUUUUUAAAUUUAACUAUUAAAACAAUUUUUAUCUUAGCUCUGAUUAUCUUGAUUACAAUCAUAAAACAUGCUUGCUUAUUGAAGAGCUGCAAAUGACACCACACCCUGGAACUUGAAAUCAAUGCAAGAAAAUUGAAGUGACGUGGAUGUAAUAUUUAUGCUUAGAAACAUUUAUCCAAAUUGGAAAUGACAAUAUUUAUUUUAAUCUUCAUUGAAAUCAUACAAUUUACAACUAAAACUUCUUCAAAUGGAAAUGAAUAGAAACUAUGUUAAGAGUGCUUCCUUUUCUUCUAAGAUUGUGAUCUUUGUGACCAAAAAUGGAUAACAACACAUCUAUAUUUCUUCUCUUGGAAUUAUCAAACAUUCGGGAACUUCAGAUUGUAUAUGCCUCUGUAUUUUUGAUUUUGUAUUUAAUUACACUAACUGGGAACUUCUUGAUUAUCUCUGCAAUCAUUUUUGAUUCUCACCUUCAUACACCAAUGUACCUCUUCCUAAUGAAUUUAGCCCUGCAGAACAUCGGUUCAGUUUCAGUCAUUAUUCCCAAGUCCAUUUUCAAUUCAUUUAUGAACAGACAACAGAUUUCUUAUUUUGAAUGUGUAACUCAAGUUCUUUUAUUUUUAUUCUUUGUAGACUCUGAUAUUUCUCUUCUUACUGUCAUGGCAUUUGAUCGGUAUGUUGCUAUCUGCAAUCCUUUACAAUAUGAAAUGAUAAUGAACAGGAAGGCCUGCACCCAAAUGGUUGGCAGCGUGUGGACUGCCAGCCUGUUCAAUGCUGUAUUAAACACCACUGGGACUUUUCUCACUCCUUUCUGCUCUAAUAUUAUCAAUCAGUUUUAUUGUGAAAUCCCACAUUUGUUGAAGAUUACCUGCUCAGAUUUAUAUAUAACUGAAAUUGGAGUUGUAGUAUUUAGCAUUACAUUAGCAUUUGGUUGCUUUGUCUUCAUUGUUGUUACUUAUGUGGAGAUCUUUCUUGCUGUUCUGAGAAUUCCUUCUGUCCAAGGAAGAAAAAAGGCUUUCUCCACUUGUCUGCCACACCUCAUUGUCUUUUCCAUUUUUUUGUUUACUGGUUGCUUUGCUUACCUGCGUCCUAUAUCAGAGAAACCAUCACCCUCUGAUUUUGCCAUUACAGUGAUGUAUUCCAUUAUCCCACCCAUGAUGAAUCCAUUAAUCUAUAGCUUGAGAAACAAUGACAUUAAGAUUGCUCUAUCAAGAAUUUUUGCUCUGAGGUCACUUAUAUAAGUUGGAAAUAUUAGGAGAACAUUUAGAGUAUAAAACUGAAGAGUAGGGUUAGUAAACUUCAUCUCAUAGUUUCACAUAUUAUAUUAAGUUGGAAAGUAUGUGAUAAUACAGUUUGUCAAUAAAGCAAAUGAAAUAUUACUUUCCAUAUUUCAAUAAAACAAAUGAAACAUUA